AUGGGUUUAACUCAAAAACGUUGUUCUUCUGAUCUAUUAUCAGCUGUUGGUACUGAUUUGGUCAAUAAGAAGAGAAGAAACACAUCUGUCUCCGAAUUUUUACCUUAUUCAGAUUUGUUUUCCCAACUGGUAUGUUCUCAAAAUAAUGAUGAUGAUGUUGAUGAUACUGACUUCGAUGUUCCUUUUGCUUUUGCUGAAAAUUAUAAAUUCAACGGCAAUAAUAAUACACUAAACUAUCAAGACAAAUCUAUUUCUAGAACUGGUUCAUUUUCUAGUUCUUCAAGGAAAACUUGUGUACCUAAAUCUGAUAGAAUUGCAAGGGAACAUUGCUUUGAUUAUAUUGUUCAAGCAAUUGAUGAGGUUUGGGCAAGAUAUUGUGAUACAACUUCCAACGCUGAAUCAAUUGUUUAUAACGACCAAUCAAUAAGAAAAGGUUUCAAAAACUCUACUGUAUCUUCAUCUCAUAAUCAUCAUUCUUAUGGUAGUAGUAAACCAUUGAAGGUUUCUGAUGACGAAACAGGCGUUUCUGAGGAUGAUUAUGAAGACGAUGAUGAUACAAGUGGAUAUAAAUCAGAAGCUACUAACUUAACAGAAUAUGAAACAGAUUGUGCCGAAUGUCGUCCCACGGUUUCAACUCUCCCAGAUUCUAUUAAAUUGCAAUCACUCAAAUUACGUUUGAUGAAAGCUAAGAAUGAUCUGGAAGAUUAUUAUGACUCAGAUAACUAUGAUUCAUGUAUUGCAUUUUGGAGACGUUGGGAUAUGAUUAAGUACAGUGCUGUUGAGGUCAUGGAAGAUGACGAUGACGAUGACGUUGUUGAAAAUGCCAUUGAAGAACUAGAAGAGGGAAGGUGUUUCAGAGAUUGA